AUGGGCAUCGCCGAGUCCACGCCGGACGAGCUGCCGUCGGACGCCGAGGAGCAGCUGCGCAGCGGCGAGCAGCAGCUGGAGCUGAGCGGGAGGCGGCUGCGGCGGCUGCCCGGCGCCGUGUGCGCGCUGAGCCGCCUGCAGAAGCUGUACGUGAGCGGCACGGGGCUGCGCGAGCUGCCCGAGGAGAUCGAGGAGCUGCGCGAGCUGCGCAUCCUGGCGCUCGACUUCAACAAACUCGAGCGCUUGCCCGACGGCCUGUGUCGCCUGCCGCGCCUCACGCGCCUCUACCUGGGCGGCAACCGGCUGCUGGCGCUGCCCGCCGACUUCGCGCAGCUGCAGAGCCUGCGCUGCCUCUGGAUCGAGGGCAACUUCCUGCGGCGCUUCCCGCGGCCGCUGCUGCGCCUGGUGGCGCUGCAGUCGCUGCAGAUGGGCGACAACCGGCUGCGCGCGCUGCCCGCCGAGCUGCCGCGCAUGACGGGCCUGCGCGGCCUCUGGCUCUACGGCAACCGCUUCGAGGAGUUCCCGCCCGCGCUGCUGCGCAUGGGCCGCCUGCACAUCCUCGACCUGGACCGCAACCGCCUGGGCGGCUUCCCCGACCUGCACCCGCUGCGCGCCCUGCGCGUCUUCUCCUACGACCACAACCCGGUCACUGGGCCCCCGCGCGUCGCCGACACCGUCUUCCUCGUGGGCGAGGGCGCGGUCGAGCGCAUGGCCGAGCGUGACGAGCCCACGCCCCGGCCGCCGCCCCGGCGCCCAGCUCGGGCUUUUGAGGAUGAGGAGGAAGAAGACCUACUCAUAGGGGGCGGGAGCUCCCGGGCUCUGGGGCCCCCCGGGGGCAGCCUCCCCGCCCUGGAAGCCGCCCCAGGACUGGGCACCUGAGCCUGUGCUCUGGGUGAUGGACUUCGGCCGUUCUGGGAGGAGGGGCUCCGGGAAGGACUGUGGGAACGGUGGUCCCCUACCUUGGGGCAGCGGAGGGACCGCUUUGGGCAAUCUGUAGGGGACGGGCAGGCCUGGGGGCCAUCUUCAAGUAUUCCCGUUUGGUAAGGAGACUGCCGCCUGGCUGAUCUCUGGGCAGUCCUCGGACGAAGUCCCGACUCAGUCAAGUUCCCUAUGGCUCUGUCGGGUCUCUGACAGCAGAGUCACUGACCGCACAGUAGAGAUGCUGGCUUCCUCCUGGAACCAGGGUCACCGCUCGCUGCUGGCUGAGUCUGGAUGCCCAGGCUGCCGCUCCAACCCCCCUCCUCCUGGAGUUUGGAUCUCCUAGACCCUACCCUUUCUGGUGCAGGAGCCGCCACCUCUGGGGUGGACCACACGCCCGUGCAUGGGCCCGGAAUCUUGCUGGGAGAAGAGAGCUCUCUCUCCUUUCCCCACAGCCUGAGCCUUCCAGCUGUCAAGUUUGAAAAGAAGCCACUGUGCCUCUAGGGCCUCCUGCGCGGAAGAGAGAGGUCGUCUGCCCUGGGAGGCUGCUCCAGAA